AGAAAGAGCGCUCGUCCACGGUGGAGAACAGACAGAACGGACUGCAGCGGAAUAAAACACCAUUAUGACGGAUCUGACUGAUUCCACACCGUGAGACAGACGAAUGAACGGAAUCGACAGAAUAACAAUAUUAAGUCCUCCCUAUUGUGUAUCCUUUGUUCUGAUUGGCUGUCAUCUCAGAUGGCUCAGAUUUGGAAGAGGGGUGUGCCACCAUCAAAGGGGAAUAACUCUCUGGUUGGCAUGGCGCUGGGGCCUGGGCUGGUGACGGUGGCCCCUGAGGGUCACAACAGAUCGUGGGAGACCCCAUUGGUCACCCCAGAGACACCCAUCUUCCUCAUGACACCCGCCGCCCAAACCAUCUCUGGAAUCUUUACAUGGACCGCACUACUGCUCACCUGCCAGCAGAUCUACAUGCACUUGCGGUAUUAUAACUCUCCUAACGAACAGCGGCAUAUCGUUCGCAUUCUCUUCAUCGUGCCGAUUUACGCCUUCGACUCGUGGCUCAGCCUGCUGUUCUUCACUAAUGAGGAGUAUUACGUUUACUUCGACACAGUUCGAGACUGUUACGAAGCGUUUGUGAUCUAUAACUUCUUGAGUUUGUGUUAUGAGUAUCUGGGUGGUGAGAGCGCCAUCAUGGCCGAGAUCAGAGGAAAACCCAUCGAGUCCAGUUGUGUGUACGGGACGUGUUGUUUAUGGGGCAGAACAUACUCCAUCGGCUUUCUGCGCUUCUGUAAACAGGCGACUCUUCAGUUCUGUGUUGUGAAGCCGCUGAUGGCCGUCAUGACCGUCAUUCUACAAGCGUUUGGGAAAUACAGAGACGGAGACUUCAACGUGGCGAGUGGUUAUUUAUACGUGACGAUCAUCUAUAAUAUCUCAGUCAGUCUCUCUCUCUACGCUCUGUUUCUCUUCUAUUUCUCCACUCGAGAUCUGUUGGAGCCGUACAGUCCCGUACUGAAGUUCUUCAUGGUCAAAUCGGUCAUCUUCCUCUCAUUCUGGCAGGGAAUGCUGUUGGCUAUUCUGGAGAAAUGUGGCGGGAUUCCUCGGAUAAACUCUCCUGAUGUCACAAUGGGGGAGGGGACUGUUGCCGCCGGUUACCAGAACUUCAUCAUCUGUAUUGAGAUGUUCUUUGCUGCACUGGCGCUCCGACAUGCGUUCACAUACAAGGUGUAUAUGGACAAGAGACUCGACGCCCACGGUUGUAUUCCAGUCUAUGGGCAGUACGGACACUGUGCUCCCAUGAGUAUCUCCAGCAGUCUGAAGGAGACGAUGAAUCCGGGCGACAUGUUUCAGGAUGCCAUUCAUAACUUCUCUCCUGCGUAUCAGCAGUACACACAACAGCGUCGAGCCGAACCGCUGACCCGAUCCAACAGCACCAAUGAGAAAACACUGCUGCUCAGCUCUGACGACGAGUUCUGACACACACACACACACACACACACACACACACACACAUGCUCAGAGGCUCUGUUUCCAACCCUAGUGAGCUGCCUACAUAGACAACAUCAUAAACUAUUCCAAACAAAAAACUAUGCUGCAUUUUAAGGUAUGUUAUUUAUUCAUUAACCUGUAUAUUAUAGGUCGUAUAAUAUGCAUAUCCAUUGUUACAACAACAACAACAAAAAACUGAUUUUGUCAUCAUUCAUAGUUUUUUGUUACUUGAAUGUAUGACAUGAUGUUAUAACGAAUGCCCAACUUAGAUGUAGGAGCUCCUCAUGUGCACUAGUUUCAGUAGUGAGUUGCUGCAUGUGUUGAGCAUUUCAAAUAACUCAUUAAUGAGAUGCCAUUUUAGAUAGUGUGCUGCCUAAGAAGUGAGUAGACAGCAAGACAGCUCACUAGUGUUUGGAACAGAGCUACAGAUAGAGAGAGAGAGAUUGAUAGACAAUAACAAAGAGAAUCAUGAGAUGUGGUGCCAUAUCAUAUUAACACUCCUCUAGACACUUUCUAAAGAGCUUUACAUGUAUACUUAAGGGUAAUUUUCAGAUAUAUUCACACAUUAAAGUUUCUAGAUUAUAAACUGUUGCAUUAUAAACUACAGGAGCAACUAGUUAAUGACUUUAACUACUGAAAUGCCUUAAACAUCGGUUAUACACACACAUCUAACUUACUGAAUGAACACUUUGCUUUAGUAUUUUUGGGAUGAGUCUAAAUUCAUUUUUGUGGUUAUCAACAUUAUGCCACAAAUGCUGUUAGUUGAGCUUGUAUUGAAUCUGAAAUAUUCCUUUUCAUCUAAAGUGUUUUCUUGCUUUACUUUAGAGAUAUUUUACUUGAUGUAAAGAUGAAUUAUUCUGAAUGAGAUAAUGACAGACUUUCAGAUUAAACCUCAAGUUUGGUGAAUGAUUAACUGUGAUGAUUUACGUCAAAGUCAAUUUAUUUAUAAAGCAAAAUGAAAAACAGCUGACUGUUGAGCAAUGUGCUGGAAAAUAAUCAAAUAUCAAAUAAGAUAUAAAUAUAAAGAAGCAGGAAAACUAUUAGUAACACUAAUAAUUAUUAAAACACUGUUGGACAGUGACUCCAGUCAGGCUUCCUAAGCAACCAAUUGGCCUGGUUGCUAGGGUGGGUAACCUCCUCGUGGUCGCUUUAAUGUGGUUUUCGCUCUCGGUGGGGUGUGUGGAUGUCGCAGAGAAUAGCGUGAAGCCUCCACAUGCACUAGGUCUCCGUGAUAACACACUCAGCAACCCACGUGAUAAGAUGCACGGCUUGACGGUCUCAGACGCGGAGCAACUGAGGCUCGUCCUCCGCCACCCGGAUUGAGAUGAGUCGCUACACCACCAUGAGGACUUAGAGCGCAUUGGGAAUUGGGCUUGCCGAACUGGGAAGAAAAAGUGGGGGAAAAAACACUGUUGGACCAAAUGCCAUUUGUGAUGUUUUGAAGUGUUUAAUAAACAGAUUAUAGAUGAGCAGAGAGUGAGUAUAUAAUGACAGAGAAACUGGGAUUAUAAUAAUUUCAUAGUAGUCGCUCAGAUCAUACGUGAAAUCUUCACUGAACAAAAAGAUUCCUGCCCUCGGCAAAUGUUGCUCAUUGAAAGUUUGACACACUUUGACAAUAUAUUUGCAACACAAGAUAUUGAGCUUGUGCUGUACUCAUAAUAAUGAAGAAAGUCUAAUUUUGAGUGAAGUUGACAUUAACCUGACAUAC